CGUGCUCCUCCGCCUCCAGCGCGCCGAUCAGCUGUUCGGGCCUGCGGGCUUCUAAGAGAUAAAAAUACAACCAAACUAAAAUAAAGUGAUUCUCACAGAGACGACAGCAUGCAGUUCACUGCGGACAUACGUGGACAUUUUUGUGUGUCGGAGUUUAAGGAGGAAAAGGUGAUAUUAAAUGCAGCGGAGGAAGAAGAGGAGAAACUUCUGUGUGUGGGAGCAGGAGAGAUUCACACUUACCUGGUGGUGCAGGUGUGUAAACUGAGAGCUAAUACCGACGAACGCAGGAAAGUUCUUGCAGUCACUGUUGAGACUUGUAACAACAGUGAGGCUGGACCUUUGGAGAUUCAGAUAAACCAGCGGAUCAAGCAGGACUGCAGUCUGCGACGCUCACCAACCAGAGUCCACCGGAUCCUCUGCAGAACUGAACGCUGAAGUUUGUUUCUGACUUCCUCAAUGUUCAGGAGUUAAAUCAGAAAACCAGAACAGCCGAAUGGAAGAGUGUCUUCAAAACUCCAGAAGCAGACAGACCACCAACCAUCAGGCAGGAUGUCGUACGGGUCUAUCGACGGAGGCUCUUUCGGGAGCCGUAACCCAUUUGGAGGUCCUACGAGGCAGGGCUACCAGCCAGUAGCCACACAGGUCAGCCCCUCAGAACUGCAAGAUGUGUUUCAGGAGACCUCCUCCAAUAUCUUCCAGAUCAACGCCAACGUUGUGACAUUAGAGAAAAACCUUCAAUCACUGGGAACAUCACGAGACACAGCAGAGCUACGACAGAGUCUACACUCCAUGCAACAGCAAACCAACAAAGUCAUCACCAGCACAAGCCAGCUCAUCAAGCAGCUUUCUGAUAUAAUCAGCGCUCUUCACGGAUAAUCUUGAUUUGUCGCACAGCAAGACCGCCUGCGCCUGACCAGACUAAAGACCGAACUGUCAGAGUCCGUGCAGCGCUAUGGAGACCUGCAGAAGAAAAUUGCAGAGCGCUCAAGGGCCUUGCUCCCUCCAGCACAGACAGACAAGAGGAAGAGAGUAUGUAUGUGGAGGAGUGAGCACGAUGUUGCAGAGUUUGCUGAGGAGGGGUCCGCUGUUGUAGAAGCCCUGAGCUCAGAGGGAGGCGCUCAGGCUUUCCUGUCUGAGAUCAGCGAGGAGGACGUGGAGGUGCUCCGUCAGCGAGAGGAGGCGUUGCUGCAGAUCGAAAGAGAUAUGCUGGAUGUCAGUCAAAUCAUGAGGGAUCUAGCCAGCAUGGUUCAUGAACAAGGAGACGCCAUAGACAGCAUCGAAGACUACAUCCAGACCACAUCAUCCACGUGGAAUCAGCCAAUCAGGAGCUGGCGAAGGCCAACCGAUACCAGAGGCAGCUGAGGAAGAGGAAGUGUUACCUCCUGGUGAUUGGAGCCGUCAUCAUCGCCGUCCUCAUCAUCAUCAUCGCGGUUUCAGCCCGAAAAUGAGACUGCUCACUGUGGUAGCUGCUGUCAUUACAGUGUCACCACCAUGCUCCUGCCCAGUCUGAUCCCUGACCUGAGCAGCUGGUUUCCAGUAGGAGGGAGCUGCCCUGCAACUACAAAUCUACUCCAUCAUCCCAGCCUCUGUUUACAUGUGCAGAAGUCAAAGGGAUGGAGGUUUUCCUCAGCAUACCAAUUUGUCAAGAGUAUACGCCCCAGUCUGUGCCUCUCGUCUGAUCAUCACUGUACUUCUUUUUCUCUCUUUUUUCUUGCCAUGGCAGUUAUCUGUGACUUGAAUGUUAUCAUCAAAGCCGAAGCCCCAAAUGUGAAUUUAGUGAUUGCAUCAGAGGCACAAGCUGGGGUGUUCAUGUUAUCACGCAUUCUCCGCUCCUUGCUGUCAUGUUUUAUCAGAAAACCAAAUGAAGGUGGAGCAGAGGUUUCAGGGGGAGCCAGGCAGCUGAGCCUUUUACUGUCUUCACUGCUGUACUGUACGCUGAGAUUGUUUAUGUAUUUUUACUGAGGUUAACUUAAUAUUUAUCAGCCUGUAGUGGAAUUUCAUCAGUAUUAUACUGUAGCGUUUGUCGAUAUUGUUAAAUAUUGUUUGACUGAAUAUAUAAACCUUCCAAAAUAAAAGUCUAAGUUCA